CAUUUGUGAUGAUCUGUUUCCAUCACUUGAGGUCUGCAAUGAACAUGGAUUUGACAAACUAUGCCCGGACCCAACUGGCUGGAUAGACCUCGAACAAUGUGUUGGAUCAGGAGGAUUUGGAGUAAUCCAUAAGGCAUGGCAUUUUAAGGAAAAGAAAGAAGUGGCCAUAAAAGUGAUAAAAGACCUUAGGGAUAAUGAAGAGAUCCUUGCUGAACUGUACGUACUUGAACGCGUUUCUGGCCACGACAACUUCCCUGCCUUUUAUGGAGCCUUUUAUCUACGGCCCAGCAUUUCAAAUGAAGAGGCGCUAUGGAUUGCUAUGACAAUGUGUGCUGGUGGCUCCGUAGACGCCUUAAUUAGGAGCACGCCCAAUAGAUCCUUGGAUGAGACCUGGAUUUCAUACAUAUGCAAGAAAGUUUUACAGGGCCUGGAUUACUUACAGGAACUGAACGUGAUACAUCAUGAUCUCAAGGGCGCCAAUAUAAUGUUAACUUCUACGGCCCGUGUGAAGAUAAUUGAUUUUGGCCUUGCCACAAUAGGGCCCAUCAGUACAAGUAAUGCAGGAACCCGCUGUUGGAUGGCACCUGAAGUCCAUGCAUGUUUUACAAGAAGUGUACAUUAUAACUACAAGGUGGAUGUGUGGUCUUUAGGAAUCACAGCCAUAGAAAUGGCAGAAUACAAUCCUCCACACAUUAAACUCCGUGGUGCUGAGCUUUCCGAAAGGAUUAUGAAUGGUCCAGCUCCAGCUCUAAAAGAGGAUAUAUGGAGUAAUAAAUUCCACAGAUUUAUUAAUAAAUGCCUUCAGAAGGAUCCAGCCAAAAGACCAUUCGCAAAGGAACUCCUAUUAAACCGAUUCAUCACAUAUAAUCAAGAUGAAGACGAGGUGCAAUAUAGCAUAGCAGAGCAUAUACAUAAAGGAGCAAAGAAUUAA